GGAACGGACGUGCACUGAGCGAUCGCAAGCACGAAACGGAACGGGCAUGCGCUUUACUUCCUUGCAACCUGAAAGGGUCGCAGACACUCACAGGAGCGCGAGCUUUGGCGAUGAUCCCGCCUGCCUGACACAGGGCCCGCCGUUCCGCAGGGAUCGGUGCCCAGGCCGUCGUCGUCGGUACCAUGACGAUCGCGUACCAGGCGGACGUUUCCACGAGCACACUGCUGGGUUUCUGGAAGCUGGUUGCCCGCUGGCGUGGCUCGGUCUACAAGCUCAUCUACAAGGAGAUGUUGGUGUACGGGGCGGCGUUCACCGCCAUCGCCAUCUGGUACCGGCGCUUCAUGACGGCCGACCAAAGGCAGCUCUUCGAGCAGCUCGCGCUCUACAGUGACCGGGCGCUCGAACACAUACCGCUCUCAUUCGUGCUCGGCUUUUACGUUUCAUUCGUGGCAGGCCGUUGGUGGGACCAGUUUACCAGCAUCCCUUGGCCGGACCGGCUGGCGCAUGUCGUUCUCGCGUACGUCUCUGGCGGCGACGAGAAUGGGCGCCUGUUGCGACGCACCAUGAUGCGUUACGCCAACCUAGGGCUCGUGCUCGUCCUCAAGUCGGUGAGCGGAUCUGUGAAGAAACGGUUCCCGAGUACGCAGCACCUAGUGGAAGCGGGCUUCAUGACGUCCGCGGAGCGGUCCCUGUACGAGGCGACGCCCAGCCGCACCAACCGUCACUGGCUGCCAUCGGUGUGGUUCGUUAAUCUGGCCAACGUGGCCGUGCAGCAAGGACGGCUCCAGCCCGGCCCUCCGGUCAAGCACCUACUCGAAGAGCUCAACCAGUUCCGCGCAAAGUGUUCGCUCCUAUGGUGCUACGACUGGGUCACCGUACCUCUCGUCUACACGCAGGUGGUGACGCUCACAACGCACUUGUUCUUCGUGACGUGCCUAGUUGCACGCCAGAGCUUGGACCCUGAAAAAAACUAUGCGGGUCACCAGUUGGACGUCUACUUUCCCUUCUUCACCUUCUUGCAGUUCAUCUUCUUCAUGGGAUGGCUCAAGGUUGCCGAGCAGCUGAUAAACCCUUUCGGUGAGGACGAUGACGACUUCGAAACCAACUGGCUCAUCGAUCGGCACACGCAGGUCUCGUACAUGGCGGUGGACGAAAUGUACGGCAAGUUCCCUCAAAUGGAGCGUGACCUGCACUGGGACAGCCAGGAGCCGGACCUGCCUUACACCGCGGCUGCCAUAAUUCACAAGAUACCCACCUACCGCGGCUCAGCUGUCAACAUUGGCUGACGAUCUACGUUCAACGGCAUGGCUCGCCUUCGUGUGCUUAUCAGCGGAGCUAUAUCGAGCGCACUGUCGUCGCGCGUGCCACUCUGUACACCCGCCAUCCCUUGAAUGCUCUUGUACGUCCUACUUGCGUCGUGCGUUGCUGGAACUUCGAAUGUUUUCAAUGAAUCCAUAGCCAUUCAGGCGUAAAUUAGUGGGCAAAGACCACCGGUGCAAACGUUUUAUUCACGCUCAGUCCCGUUCUCCGAGCAGUCCAUGGUUGCAGCUGUGGUCGCCCUUGUACCCAGAUCCCUAUCCAUCUUGUGUCUGAGGAGCCUUGAUGAAGCAGCAUUCAUGCAGUGCUGUAUUACCUAUCACGCUGUGGCCUACAGUGCUGCCAUUUUAACGUGUUAGCUGUCCGAAUGAACUUGGUGUAACGCUAAAACAACUUCUUUCCAUUCAUAGCGUACCGGGCAAAGACCAGCCUGCCGGCUCCGCCCAGUAGAUAGCGACACGCAUUGUACGCAUGGGUGCAAUGUGUUCGACCGAAUUAGCUCACUUUUUGUCGGCGCGGGCUGCCAAUCCAGCAAGUCAUAUCCUUUUUACUUGCCCCGGUGUCAUCUGCUUGCCUUGGUAUGCGCACGGCAACAUGUAUAUACAUAAAAUUUGCACUU